AUGCGUUCUUACAGUACCACUGUUUUAGCACAGUUGUUUGGCUUCCUAGCCAUCAUCCUCUUGCUUGUUUGGUUGCUACAUUACCGCGAGGGGAUUGAAUAUGAUUCUGAGGAUGCACUUCGCGUUUUUAAUGUUCACCCUUUUUUGAUGUUCUGCGGGUUCAUUUUCCUUGCUGGUCAAGCAAUACUGGCAUACCAGACUGUACCAGGCGACCAUCAAACACAGAAGAUGGUUCACAUGACACUUCAUUUCAUUGCUAUAAUUCUUGGGAUUGUUGGUAUAUGUGCCGUUUUCAAGUUCCAUAAUAUGGUGAACUUGGUGAAUGUUUACAGCCUCCAUUCAUGGAUUGGCAUUGGCACCUUCUGCCUGUUUGGCUUGCAGUGGCUUUUUGGACUCGUCUUCAUGCUUCAAAGAUCUCCACAAUCAAGGGCUGCUGCGGUGGCUCCAAUAUGGCACAUAUCUGGUGGUAGAGCACUAUUUUACAUGGCAAUUGCUGCUGCACUUACAGGUUUAAUGGAGAGGUAUACUAUGUUAAGACUACAACCACACCAGAGUGAAUCUCAUUUGAUCAACUUCACGGGUCUAGCAAUUCUCUUGUUUGGAGUUUUUGUGGAAAUGUCAGUUGGUCUGGCCCAUAUCCUUAAUGCUGAAUGA